AUGAGCAUGUAUUCAAAGCAAUAUCCAUUUACCAACAUCGCUGAUAUGAUGCUUAGUAACCCAAUGGGUCGAUCUGAGUAUCAUCCACUGUUCAUUGACGCACGUUCGGGCGAAUCGAUCACGUUAUAUCAUCUCCGUCGGUUGGUGGGCUGUCUUCAUGCAGGUCUGAAGCGAUUUGGCUUGAAGAAGGGUGAUACCGUCUGCUUUUACUCUCCCAAUAAUAUCAACAUGGCACCUAUCUAUACCGGAGUGAUGUCUGCAGGCAUGACAAUCAGCCCUGCCAACACAUCAUAUGUUGCAGGCGAAUUGCAGCGGCAGUUGGAGAUUGGCGAAGCCAAGAUGCUCAUUGCCCAUCCAAGUAACUUGGAUAUUGCCCUUGAAGCUGCCGCUGCGGCAGGAUUGCCACAAUCCAAUAUCUUUUCUGUCAUGCCUGAUCCGCAAGGAAGAGUUCCCCUGUGGUCUGACGUUCUCAUUGACUUGAAUCAGCCUCCGCUUCCUCCGGUCAAAAUAUCACAUGAAGAAAGUGUUAACACGGUCGCAUACUUGUGCUUUUCAAGCGGUACUACAGGCAAGAGCAAAGGUGUCAUGACAAGCCACUACAACUGCAUUGCUAUGGUGCAGGAAUCCAAUAGCUAUGCGGGUAUUUUUGCCGACCCAUCGGUUCAAAAGGUCAUUCUCGGUCUUAUCCCCUUGUACCACUUUAGUGGCAUCCAUCGCGUGUUCAAUGUCGGUAUUCCCCAAGGAGCAACUGUCGUUAUUGUUGAAAAAUAUUCGAUCCCAGUCAUGUGUGAGGCCAUUCAACGAUUCAAGGUCACUGAUUUCCCGACUGCACCUCCCAUCAUUAUCCACUUGGUGAACAAUCCUCAAGUUGACAAGUACGAUUUGUCCAGUCUCAAGUCAUUGACGGUAGGCUCGGCACCCAUUGCUCCAAGCGUCGUGGCUCGGUUCCAGGAAAAAUUUGGGGCACCAUUAAUGCAGGGAUACGGUAUGACCGAGGUAUCUCCUGUCAUCACGUAUCAAUUGCCCUCCUUUGCUAAACCUGAAUCUAUUGGUCGCCUAGCACCCAUGAUGAAGGCCAAAAUUGUCGAUCUGGACGGCAACGCUCUUGGCAUCAAUGAACCUGGUGAAUUAUGCGUCAAGGGUCCCAAUGUCAUGCUUGGAUACAAGGGAAAUGCUGAAGCAACAGCCAACGCUAUCGAUGAAGACGGAUGGCUACACACCGGCGACGUGGUUCGCGUGGAUGAACAAGGCGAUUAUUAUAUUGUGGACCGCAUCAAGGAAUUGAUCAAAUACAAAGGUUUUCAGGUGGCCCCCGUUGAAUUGGAAUCUGUUCUUAUGCAAUGCCCAUACGUUGUAGAUGCAGGUGUGGUGGGUAUCUACGACGAAACACAAGGUACUGAAAUCCCUUUGGCCUAUGUGAAAUUACCCGACAAUCUCAAGAGUCAAGCCAAUGUUUUGGCAUCAAAGAUACGAGAUUGGGUCAAUGAACGCGUAGCAAAUCAUAAACGACUUCGUGGCGGUGUUCGCGUCAUUGAUGAAAUCCCAAAAAACCCAUCCGGAAAAAUCCUACGCCGGGAGAUGAAGGCAAUCUACAACAAGCAACAAGCAGCUGCUGCUGCUGCUUCUGCUGCUAAUGUGGAACGCUCUGCCAAGCUGUAAGAGAUCAUAGGGUAUUAAAU